AGGUAAAAACCACCAAAACGGUGUCAAUCAACCACAUCCUCUGCAGUAACCUGACGCACUUUGCCUGCCUGGUGCAGUGUCUGCUCAGCUGCCAGGACGUAACCCACGUUGACUACCCGCUACCCCUAGAAGAUCGCGGUUCCAAGCUCCGGGUGGACAUCGUGUCCGACGGAGGAGCCACCUGGAUCAAGGUCAUUGCCCGCAAUCCCAAAUCCCUGAACGAUGCCGUCCACGGCCGCACUAGCUACGGAUCCAAAAGCAUUCUGGAGCAAGCAGCCGAGUACGUAGAAGCAGCCGAAGCCAACCCACACAUGUUCAAACCGCCACGAGUGAUCUUCCGUUUCCUGAGCAAAAUCGACGACGAGCUGGUCUUUGAACUCGAACAAAUCGGCAUCACCGUUCUGGUUCUGCAAACUUCCCAACCGGUCCCUCAAGCGGAACUCUUCACCGUCACCAAGCUGAACCUGGACAUCACCACCCUGAUAGCAUACGUGAGCGCAAUGACCAACGGGUCCGCCAACUGGGAAUACAACGAACCCCUGCUGACGGAACAGGCCCGCUGGGAACGAGAGAAGCCCAUCAAGCCCGUCCUCGACCAGCUGUUCCACGGGAAGGAACUGAUCUGCUGCGAAACGGCUGUAUCGUCCUUCAACGAAAUUCUUUCGAUCCUGGGCGGACCUAAAGAAAAAUCACGAUCCGAAGAGCUAUUCCGGAGGGUGACUAUCCUGCCGGAUGUUCCCUUUCCUGACGAGAUGCGGAACAUUCGGGUCGGCGGGAAGAUCAAACCGCGAAGUUUGCAGAUCUUUGCCUUCGGUUUGCGCCACGAAGCCAUUACGGUUACUUCCAAUGAGGGAUUUGUGCGGGCGGCCCGGAUGCAGGGACUGGAAGUGCCGGUCUACGUGCACGAUGCGCGGGCGCUGACCGAGGAAAAGGAACAGGGUGCCCGACUGUUGGAGGAAUGACGGAUGGAAGCAGAGGAACAGCGCGAUUGAAAAUUUGGUUUGGAACAAGAUUUGGAAAUUGUAAAAAUGUGAUUUUGUAAAAAGUAUAUACAAAAUGUGUUCAUUUUGAUUCGGUUAGAAUAUAAGUUGACGAUCAACAAAAAUAAAAACUUAAGUUUACCUUCUGUUA